UUGUGGCCCAAAUCUGCCGAUGCACACGGCCGGUACCCGAGCAACGGGACCAGGGCACAACAAGGGUGCCGGCGAAGGGGAGGGAGAGGGCUGCCCAGAGAGCAGACAGUCCAGGGCUUGAGGAGUCUGGGUGUGUGGUUUAUUUUUUCUCCCGACAAAGACACACACUGUCUAAACUGUGUGGCUAGUUGUUAUUAAGAAGCUGCUGGACGAGUGAAAAAAAUGUAUUUCAUCAAAGGCCCAGUGUUUGUGGUCUUCUUGGGCUCACUGCUGAGCUCAGGAAACCCUGAGGUGUGACCAGCUUUCAGCCUUCAAAACCAAGAUGAACUGCCCUUGAGAAGGGUGCUCAGAGGAAAACCAUGUUCACCCUCUCCCUCCUGAGCCGGGGACAUGGCAAGCUGGUCCAGAACAAACAGAAGUUCGAAGUCUAUUUUGAACCGGAGGAUUACUUGAACUGGAAGUCCCCGGAAGAUUACAUCCUGGUCAGCAAACCACAGGAUGAGGGCAACGCUGACCAGCACACGUGGAGCCUCUUUCUUCCUAAAACAUUCAGCACUAGAAAAGGCGCCCUGAUCCUCUACUCGGAAGGUUUGGCUAUUUCAGCAUGGACCCCCGAAGAGAGGAGAAAAGGCCCCUACUGCCCCAAAGGCUGCAGGAAGAGGCCAGAUCUUGAAUUGCGCACACUUCAGGACCUCAAAGAAGCCAUCCUGGCGUACGGAAGGAGACAGAGAGAGCAGGACAGAGCCUGGCAGCCGUACCUUCACUUCCGAAGCCAACCAGAGAGCCAGGGCCUGCGGCAGAUCCAACCUGGGUACUCAGCCAAGAGAUACCUCCGCGGCCUCUUGCGGACGUGGCCCCCUGGCACCAUAUACAAGCUCCAAUGUGCAGGAUACAUCAAGGAUUCUGUGCUGCUUCAGGACAGUCAACUUAAUGUACCAAAGAAUCUCAGGCCACGGCCGGACCUUUCAAGUGUACCUCCCAAAUACCAUCUCCUGCCUGUCUUCCCUCCAUUUUGGAUUCAACAAGGAAAAUCUUUUGGACAAGGUCAGCAGGACCUGCAUGAAGGGAAAGCUGGGGCUGGUGGACAAGUGGACCAGGGCUCUGUAGCCAAGGACCGUGGCAGCCAGGGGACUCGCUUGCCACCACUCAGGAAGCAGCCCUGGCAGGAAGACGAAACCCAGACAGAGGACACGUCAAAAGACAAUCAUUGUUGUAUCCAUGCUUCAAAAGAAAGCCACCAUGAAAAAGCACAGCAAACCUCCAGGAGGACCCUCGGGCAUGCCCUCUUCGAUCACUCUUGGCUCCUGCAUGACAAAUCCCACACGACAUUCUACUACGGAGGCACCUUCCCCAACAGGAAGGCAGACCUCAGUGGUAAGAAGCCGAAUGCCUCGCUUGUUGAUCUGGGUGAACCCAAUCCUGCAGAGAAGACUGGGCAUGCUGAGUGUCACUUCCUCAUGCCACUCGCCUUAGAAAAUAACCAGCCAAGUCCAGCCAGAGACAAACAAGGGACUAUGACGCUGCACCAGGGCAGAAGCAGCCACUUGUUCAAGGAUCCUCCUGCAGAACGAUGUCUUUUCCCUCCUGUAGCACCUGCUGCUGGCUCAGAAAAAAACAUGCCUGGGGACGUGAAGAAGAAAAAGGUACCUAAAGCUUUGAAAUUACCUCUUAUCUCAGAAGAACCACCCAGAGUCCUGGACCCCCUGAGGAGUCAACUUAAAGCCAGUGAGCCCCCAGCAGAGCUCUUCAUCUUCCCUGUGGAGAUUCAUUAUCAUAGCCAACACCCGCCAAAAGGCAAGGCACGAAGAAGAGGUGCUCCACGCCCUGAGUCAGCACCAGAAACAGAAGAAGAGCAUGGGCCGUCAUGGAGACCUCCCCUGAAGCAGGUGUCCCUAAGAAGGUCAAGGGCGUUAAGAGUGCAUCUCCCAAUGGACACAGACAGGGACACACUCUCGCCUCAAGAGGAUGUUGCUCCGCCCCAGAAGGGGACCUCAUCACUGUCCCUGAGGAAAGGAAAGAGAAGUCCAGAGAGCCAGAGAGGCCCAGACAGCCCCAGGACAUCAGGCCGCAGCAGCCCCACAGGCCCCGCACGUGACAGACCAGCUGGGGGGGAACUUCCAGCAGCAGGACGAGCCUAUGAAUCUGUCCAUUCAAAUGCCGGCCACGGAGAGGAGGAAUCUAGUAUUCAACAUCUACUAAAAGUAAACACUGAAUCCAGAACAGAUCUUCACAUGAACCUUAAUGAGAUCUCACCUUUGACUCAAAAGCCAGAGAAUCAGGGAGCCCAGCAGUCCUUGGAGGCAGCAGCUCAGAAGACAGGAGAGCCUCAAAGUUGUAUAAAUAAAGGGCUGAUAUGUUCAAACAGAAAAGAAUUUUACACGCGCAAGCUGCACCUCGACAUGACGCCGUUCCUGAAGGCAAGUGGAGAAGAGAUGGAUGAUCAUGAAGAGGCUGGAGAACUCCUCAGAGAAAAUCAUCCAGACGCUCAAGACUCAGUGCCGAGGGAUAUGACCCUUGACCCUCUUUGUGCUUCCCUGGCUGAGCACAUGCAGACCCCUGAGGCAGACACUGUCCAAAAGGCGGGCAAAGAUUAUAAUGCGCACCAUCGGCAGAGAGGACUUCCAGGAUGUGGGCCUGACUCACCAGAAGGGCUGGAUCCUACAGACACAUCUUUUCUUCCAAGAGGAAAAGAAGGGAAGACUGAGCCAAGGCUGUUCAACCAGCAGACAUCAAACAACAUCAGUAACGAGAUGGAGUUGAUUGAAAAAGCCAAGAGCAAGAAAAGGGCCAAGACAGAUAAGUCCAAGGCACCCAAGAGGGAGAAAGAAGGAAAAUUCCGUGAGGAAGCAGAGGCUGCUGUUGGAAAGUCAAAGGAAUCAAAAGUUGAAAAGAAAUCAGAGCUAAUUGCCAAAGGGAAAAAACCAAGAGCCAAAGGGAAAAGGACGUGGAAGGAAGGGAAUCUGGAAACAGCUGCGGAGCUGAGUGGGCCUGAUGUCAUUAACUCUAAGGAAACCAAAGACCGCUCAGGUGGAGGCGUCUUCAGCUCAGGUUCUGGUGUAGAGGACCCUUGGCUCUCUUCCAAAGUUGAGGCUCCUGAGAGUCAAGUUUCUAUAGAUGGAAGGUCAUCGCCCACCCAGACUGCAACUGUCCCCGCAAACACGGAACCUGAAGGAGAGGGAAGCCACAAGGACCCUUCUAAGGCCUUCCUCAUCAAGAGGGAACAAGAGAAGGCUUCCCGGGACAGGCUGCGAGCAGAACGGGCUGAGAUGAGACGGCUGGAGGUGGAGAGGAAGAGAAGGGAGCAGGAGGAGCAGCGGCGGCUCCAGCAGGAGCAGCUGGAGAGGGCAGAGAGGAUGAAGGAGGAACUGGAGCUGGAGCAGCAGCGCCGCGCGGAGGAGAUCCGCCUCAGGAAACAGAGACUUGAGGAAGAACGACAGCGGCAGGAGGAGGAGGAGAGAAGGCAGUGGCUCCAGUUGCAGAUGGCCCAGGAGCGAGCUCGGCAGCAACAGGAGGAGUUCCGGAGGAAAUGUCAGGAGCUGCAGAGGAAGAAGCAGCAGGAGGAAGCUGAGAGGGCUGAGGCAGAAAAGCAAAGGCUGAAGGAGUUGGAAAUGCAGUUAGCAGAAGAGCAAAAGCGCCUGAUGGAAAUGGCUGAAGAAGAACGGCUGGAGUACCAGCGGCAGAAACAGGAAGCAGAAGAGAAGACUCGGCGGGAAGCAGAGGCCAGAUGGCAGAAGGAAGAGGAAGCGGCAAGGUUGGCUCAGGAGGAAGCCAUGAAACAAGCCCAAGAGCAAGCCAGGCAAAAAGAUGCUUUGAAGAAACAUCUUCAUUUCCACAAAGAACUCCAUAAGGAAGCAAGUGGCCUACAGUGGACACACAACAUUUCCAGACCAUGGGUCUACUCUUACUUUCAAUUCCUACAAAUACCAAGACCUUAAGACUAGAAGAAAAAUAAAGAGUUGGAAGAUGGUAAUGGAAAAAGAGAAACUUCCUUCUAUAAUGAAGUGCCAUACUGAGCUCAAUUAGUUCCAUUUCAUCUGGUUCACCUCACUGUACAGCUAAGUUCACUCUAGGACCUCCAUCCACACCACUGUCAAGUAGCCACAUGUAGCUAUAUAAACAUAAAACAUUCAGUUCUCCAGUCACACUAGUCACAUUUCAAGUGAUCAAUAACUGAAUGUGGCUACUGGCUACAAUAUUGGACAGCAGAUACAGAACAUUUUCAUCACAAAAAGUUAUAUUGGACAACACUGUAUUCUUGAGCCCUGAAAAUUAACCAGCCUUGAGGUUUUGCUCCUAACUGUGCCUUGAAAAACCAGCCACUCACAUAAUUUCCCCAUUUUAAA